AGCUGAGGGCCUCCGUCCGAGUACUGUUGUCCGUGGCGCCGCCUCUUAAGGCUGAUUGCUACUACCACUUCCCGCGCCCCGGUGACGUCGAUCCAAACCUUGUGAGCGCAAACCCGAAACCCAACAUGAAGCGUCUCAAUUCCGCCAAGGAUGACAACGUCCCCAUUUAUAUCUUCAUUCUGCUGUUUGUGAUCCUGUGUCUUAGCUUCCUCGGCACGUAUUUGGAUACCAGCAAACGUGUGAAAUCGGCUUCACGCACCUAACCCAACAACUCUAACAUCAACAUCAACAAGAAUAUUGAAGUAUAAGUGUUCUUCGACAUGGCCGGAACAUGUUCCAUGCUUUGUUUGAUUCUCAUCACUUUGUUCAUACCUCCUCUCGGUGUGUUCUUGAUUUCGGGCUGCAGUGUUGAUCUGCUUAUCAAUAUCCUUUUGACGAUUCUCGGAUACCUGCCCGGUCACAUCCACGCUUUCUAUCUCGAAUACGUUUACUACGGUAAUCGCAAUGCGGGAGAGGUAACGGCUCCGCGACGUGCUCCGGGUGUUUAUUCGGAGAGGAUUCAGCGUGGAGGUCAUCAUCACCAUCAGACGUAUGGUACUAUUCCUUGAGCGUUGGCUGGAUGGGCCAGACGGGCGAGUCUGGGUUUACUUUUCGGGCAUUGCAUUGUCAUGACAUGGGUUUUUCUGAGCGACUGGUACGGAUAUCGAUAAUGGAGUUGAGGUUCACUUGAUGCUUAUGUUUUAUGUUUAUGUUUACCUGUUGUGUCCCAACCGAAAAAGAAAAGAAAAUGGAAUUAAAAAAAAAGGGCAACCCUACAAUCAAUCCAUCACAACACCCAAAAUCCCAAUGCUAUCAUCCC